UGGACGAUUUUGCGCGAAAUUUGGUUGCAUUUGAUUGAAAUGAAACUGAGAGCUGUCUUGAAUAAGCGUAGAGAAGUGCUAGAAUUGUCAGGAGAUGCAAUAACCUUGAGUCACUGUCGCCAAGCUGUCCAAAGAAAAUUUGGUUUGAGAGAAAACAGUUUUAAUCUGAGCCUGAAUGGGAAAGAUAUUUUAGAGAAUGACUCUGUACUCCUCAGAGACCUGGGAAUAGUAAAUGGUGACUUGAUCCACGUUCUGCUCAACAACGAUGAGGAAGAAAUAACAUCAGAUAACCUCAGUGCUCCUGGUUCUUCAAGAUCUACUGUGCAUAGUACUCGCACACCCUCCUUUCACUCCACAGAACCGGUAGCUGGUCCAUCCCAGGUGAGGUCAGUGUUGUCUACACAUGGAAAACAACAUGAUGAACAGAGUAAAGAAAAAACCAGAGAGGCAGGAACUGAAAAUGUUCAACAUCGUCCAGGAUCUUUUUCAUCUGUGUCAAGUGCAGGAUCUGUGUCAUCCGUCAGAUCUCUGGUUCUUUGUCGGGAAGGAAUUCCACCUAUGUUAGAAGACUUAUAUAGAGCUACAGGGGUUGGAACCAUUCACCAGGCUGCAUGGGUUGUUAUUCGUGUUUUGAUGUUAGAGACUGGUUUUAUCUGUGGGUUAGAGGAACCAACAGAAAUGGGGAAAGUGAAGGAACUGAACAGAGAUGAGCCCUCUAAGGCAUGGAAGACAGGUGGUAUUGUUAAAGUGAUGUACACACAUUCAUCGUGUCCUGGUUUAACCUGCUCUCUGACGUGCACCUCUCUUGGUCCAUUCAUGAUGCUACAUGGUCACACUAAUUCAGUUGCAAAAAGUGACAUUUAUCAAUGCAAGUUACAACCAACUGACUUUGUCAGGGGAAAUGUGGAUCUCAAAACAAGUGGAGCCUUGUCAGUGUAUUAUAACCUUCAUCGGCUGUCAAGGUUAUUUAAGGAUCAAGUUGCUUAUCCAUUGUUGUCCUUUAUGAGAGCUGCUCUAGGACUACCACAAUUAUGUGGUUUUAUGGCUGUACCUGCAGAAGUUAAGCUGAUGAUUCUUGGAAAUCUUCCAGUUCAGAGCAUUAUAAAUGUUUCUUGCACUUGCAGAGAACUGAGAUCUCUUUCAAGUGAUUCCACGUUAUGGCAGCACCUUGUGUUGAGAGAUUUUGAUGCAAAUGUUAAGGAACAAACCAGAAGCUGGAAGGCAACAUACAUUCAUUUGUACAAACAAAGGAAAACCCAGGAGCAAAUGAGGAUGCAAGUUAUGGUACCGCCUCAUGGAAUAUACCCACCUGAUUAUGGUUUAGGUGCACAGCGUUACAGGGGGGACACAUUUCCACCUGGUAUAAUAGGUGGGCACAGAGAUCUUUUUCCAAAUCUGCCAUUUAUGCCUGGUGGCAUUAAUCCAACACCUGGCAUCUCACCAGGGACUGGUUUGCCACGACCUCGAUUUGACCCUUUUGGACCCUUACCAGACAUAAAUCAGAAUCCUGGGCCAUCACGACGAGGGAGACAUCCAGAUCGACACUUUAAUCCUUCAAGAGGCUUCCCUCCUGGAUUCUUGUAGAGUGACACUGUUGGGUGCAUUAUCUUGAAAAAACAAAUUACACACAAAACCACCAUGGCAAUGUUCAGCACAUGCUUCACAUCCCCUGAGUUGUCAUUGUGGAGCUGUUUGUCACAACAAAUCAUUUCCAGUUCUGUUAGACAAUUGUCACACAUUAGAGAGCAGUCAUGAUGCAAUGCUGAGAGAGACAUUGAUUUAAAAGGGAGUAAUGUAUUUUGUUAAAAUUUUGCGAA